AUUUCUUAUGGAGUCAAUUCUCAUAAUAAGGAGAAUAUCAAGGAGUUCCCGAACUUCUUACAAGCCCGAGUUAGAGAAUUGAAGAAGACUGAUCAUGCUAACCAUACAUAACAGUGCUGCUAGUUGGGAUUCCCAAUGUUGGCAAGUCAGCCCUGGCCAACUCCUUGCAUCAUAUUGGGCGGAUUAGUGCUAGAAAGGAAAGUUGAAACAUGCAACAGUGAGUCCGCUGCCAGGGGAGACAAAAGAUAUCAGCAACUUGAAGGAGCUAUUAAUGACUGUUUAAUUGGGGAAGCAGAACUAGCUCAAUAUUUUUUGGCUAUCCUCAACUUGAGUGAUGAAUACAAGCAAUGGUCAAAAUUGUCUACCACUGCGAGUGAAAAAUUAUCAGAUGACAAAGUCGAAACUUUAGUUAACUCCGAGUUGGACAAAAGACGGAAGCAGUAUGCCACAGAUCACACACAGUCUCUCACGCCUCUACCCUCCUCCAGCUCUCUCUCUCGCUUUUGUCUCCAUCGUCGUCGGGUACGGGAGCAUCAUCGCCAUCGAACACGAGCACCACCGUCAAUCCACCAUUGAAGCAUUGCCCCAG